AUGUCGCGCCGGGCCCUCCGGAGGCUGAGGGGGGAACAGCGCGGCCAGGAGCCCCUCGGGCCCGGCGCCCUGCAGUUUGUCCUCCACGAUGACGAUGAUGUGGAAGAAGAAGGCCCAAAGCGGGGGCCAGGUGGCCGGCGCCCCCGGGGCGCAGGGAAGGAGGGCGUCCGAGUCAACAACCGGUUCGAGUUGAUAAACAUCGAGGACCUCGAGGAGGCGCCCGGGGUGAACGGGGACAGGACCGACUGUCUGCUCAUCGACGCCGCAGCAUCGGGGAACAAAAGGAGGGCCCAGAGUGGACACUCAGAGUCCAAGAAGGAUGGCGACGUGACGGACGCGGCGGUUCCCCCAGAGCAGUCUAAUACAAGUGGCAAACUCCGCAAGAAGAAAAGGAAACAGAAAAAUAAGAAAAACGCUGCAGGAGAAAGCUUGGAGAAUGGGCUGGAGGACAUUGACCGCAUCCUGGAGAGGAUUGAGGAUGCCAGCGGCUCCAGCCGCCCAGGCCCGCCCCCACUGAGUGCCAAGAAGCAUGUCCUGUACGUGGAGCACAGACACUUGAAUCCAGACACGGAACUGAAAAGGUAUUUUGGUGCCCGAGCCGUCCUGGGGGAGCAGAGGCCGCGGCAGAGACAGCGCGUGUACCCCAAGUGUACGUGGCUGACCACCCCUAAGAGCGCCUGGCCCCGGUACACCAAACCAGGUCUGUCGAUGCGGCUGCUAGAGUCUAGGAAAGGCCGCUCAGCCUUCGCUUUUGAGCACAGUGAGGAGUACCAGCAGACGCAACACAGGUUCCUGGCCGCUGUGGAGUCCAUGGAGCCCAACAACAUGGUGGUCCUGCUGCAGACCAGCCCCUAUCACGUGGACUCGCUCCUGCAGCUCAGCGACGCCUGCCGCUUCCAGGAGGACCAGGAGAUGGCGCGGGACCUCGUAGAGCGCGCGCUGUACAGCAUGGAGUGUGCCUUCCACCCCUUGUUCAGCCUCACCAGCGGGACCUGCCGGCUGGACUACCGCAGGCCCGAGAACAGGAGCUUCUACCUGGCCCUCUACAAGCAGAUGAGCUUCCUGGAGAAGCGGGGCUGCCCACGCACGGCGCUGGAGUACUGCAAGCUCAUCCUCAGCCUUGAGCCGGACGAGGACCCCCUGUGCAUGCUGCUGCUGCUCGACCACCUGGCCUUAAGGGCACGGAGCUACGAGUACCUGAUCCGCCUCUUCCAGGAGUGGGAGGCUCAUCGGAACCUGUCCCAGCUCCCAAAUUUUGCCUUCUCUGUGCCGCUGGCGUAUUUCCUGCUGAGUCAGCAGGCAGACCUCCCCGACCAGGAGCUGAGCUCUGCGAGGGAGAAGGCCUCUCUCUUGAUCCAGCGGGCGCUUAUCAUGUUCCCUGGAGUGCUCAUGCCUCUGCUCGAGUACUGCAGCGUGCGCCCCGACGCCGCCGUGGCCGCACACCACUUCUUCGGACCCGACGCCGAGAUAAGCCAGCCCCCCGCCCUGAGCCAGCUGGUAAGCCUGUACCUCGGGAGGUCCCACUUCCUCUGGAAGGAGCCGGCCACCAUGAGCUGGCUGGAGGGGAACGUGCACGAGGUUCUGCACGCGGUGGACGCCGGGGACCCUGCCGUGGAGGCGUGUGAGAACAGGCGCAAGGUGCUGUACCAGCGCGCACCCAGAAACAUCCACCGCCACGUGGUCCUGUCUGAGAUCAAGGAAGCUGUUGCCGCCCUACCUCCGGAUGUGAGCACGCAGUCUGUGCUGGGCUAUGACCCUUUGCCUCCCUUGGACACCAUCUACUCCUACGUCAGACCGGAGAGGCUCAGCCCCGUCAGCCACGGAAACACCAUCGCCCUCUUCUUCCGCUCCUUGUUGCCGAACUACGCCCUGGAGGGGGAGCGGCCGGAGGACGGAGGGGCCAGGGGUCCACACCUUGACCAGGGCUUGAACAGGCUGAUGCUGGCCUUGCGGGACAUGAUGGCCAACUUCCAAUUCCACGACCUGGAGGUGCCGCGCGAGGACCACCUCGAGGGCGAUGAGUGGGACUGA